UGCGAGUGACAUGUGUCGUUCACUGAUGUGUCUUCCUUCAAGUGACAAUUUUGGUGAUGCUGGAAGUCUGAUUACUUAAAGCGAGUAAAAAUGUACAAAUUCCUAUUUAUCUUGGUUAGCGUGUGGUUUGUAAAUUGUGCAGAACAAGUCAACCAGCAAUUAAUAAACAGGAAUGUUGAAAGAACGAUCGAUUUAACAUCACAACUAGUCAAAAUAACCACAACCAUAACCUUAGAAAACACCGGUAAAGAAUCAGUUCGCACAUUUCUAGUGGUUGUGGAGCCCGACAAUGUUGGAAACCUGUCUUACAUUUCCGUGAAGGAUACCCUAAAGGAAGAACUGAAACUGAGCGCGACGAAAGUGGAAAAUCGGCCUAAUCAAAUGUUUAGUGUGCAGCUGAAACAACCCCUUGCUGCCGGCCGAAGCAACGUCGUGACUCUCGAAACUGUCAUUACGAAGGGUUUAGUGCCAUAUCCUAGUAGCAUAAGCCAGAAGGAGAAGCAACUAGUUCGCUAUUUCGGCAAUCAUUACUUCUACAGUCCGUACUUAACUACUAAGCAAACAACAAGUGUAACUUUGAGUUCGCGAAGCCCGGAAAACUACACUAAGUUGAAGCCGGUGGCGCAGUCUGAUUCGACUCUGACAUAUGGACCUUACAACGACAUUCCAGCUUACAGUCAAGACCCGAUGAUAGUUCACUAUGAGAACAACUCCCCAUUUUUGACAGUCACUCGUCUGGAGCGCCUCAUCGAGAUCUCCCACUGGGGUAACAUCGCGGUUGAAGAAAACAUCGAAAUUUUACACACCGGAGCUAAACUGAAAGGAUCCUUCUCGCGUUAUGACUAUCAGAGAGACAGCAGCAGCAGCCACCACAGCAUAAAGUCAUACCGGACCAUCCUUCCAGCAGCUGCCUACAAUAUCUACUACAGAGACAGCAAUGGGAACAUUUCCACUUCCCAGGUCCGCACCCGCAAGGACUGGAUUGAGCUAGAAUUGAGGCCGCGGUUCCCACUUUUUGGAGGUUGGCGCAGUUCAUACACACUCGGGUACAGCGUACCCAGCUACCAGUACUUGUUCCGGCGAACUGGCGCCAGUUAUGUUCUCAAUAUGCGGCUCCUUGAUCACGUUUUCGACGAUAUGCACGUUGAGGAGUUGGAGACGAAGAUCGUGCUACCUGUUGGGGUGCGUGACGUAGUCAUUUCGCCCCCGUACGAAAUGGAAAGACUCACAGAUCAGUUGUCUUACAAGUACUUGGAUAACAUGGGAAGGGCCGUUAUUACGUUGAGGAAAACUAAUUUAGUGGAGCAACAUAUCCAGGAUGUGGAGAUCGUUUAUAAUUGGUCUACACUUAUGCUGCUGCACGAGCCUGCCUUGCUAGCUACUGCUUUGUAUAUCUUGUUUAUUUUUGUUAUCAUUUACGUAAGACUUGACUUCUCUAUUCACAAACCUGAUCACAGUAAGAAAGAAUGAUUAAUUGAUAGGUUGUUCCUUCAUUUUUCAUUUUGUUCACUUGUUUGUUCAUAGUUGCGAUUGUGCAUUUGAUUACAAAAAUAAAUGUUUUCUACUA